AUGGCCGGUGCGCGUCGACAACUAUUCCCAGAAGAGCAUGUCGCACCACAGGUACCAUCCGGUGACACAAACUCCGGCGAAAGUUCAUCUAACACGGGAUCUGGUGGUAUUCCGGAUAUGAACUACAAUGAGUGGGGACGAUUCGACGAAGCCUUACACCUCCAUCUGUGCGAUUUCGGUGCCGAUCCGGCCAUGUUCGGAAGAGAUGCCCCACCAGUUUUCCUUGAUGACGACGAAGAUCCGAUUGAUUCCGCUCUGGCAGAUGUGCCUUAUGAGGGUGAUAAACUUUUCGUUGGACGAGUCUUCAAGUCCAAAACUGAUUGCAAGCUGAAGAUUGCUAUUCAUGCUAUUAACUGGAAGUUCCACUUUCGCACAACCAGGUCAAGCCCAACGUUUAUGGUUAUGAAGUGCAGCUGUCCCACAUGUGAGUGGCGUAUUUACUCUGUGCUUGUUGACUCGACGGGAAACUUCCAGAUUAGGCAAGCAACUUUGACACAUACAUUCACCAUUGAUGUUCGUCGCAACUACCAUAAGCUAGCAACAACACAAGUCAUUGGGGAGAUCAUGCAAUCAAAGUUUGUUGGCAUUAAGAAGGGCCCUAAUCCAGGCGAAUUACGGAAGAUACUAUUAGAUGACUACCAUGUCAAUGUCUCCUACUGGAAAGCCUGGCGCGCACGGGAGUUGGCAAUGGACCAUGCCAUGGGGUCAAGAGCUGGUAGCUAUGCACUCCUCACUGCGUACUUGUCUUUGCUGCAAACUGCAAACCCAGGAACACGUUGCGUGCUGGAACAUGAGUCAGAUAGUACCGGUGCUUUGCGAUUUAAGUACACAUUCGUCGCUUACGGGGCAUCCAUUGCUGGCUUUCCUUACAUGCGAAAAGUGAUUGUAGUUGAUGGCACAAGUCUCAAAGGCCGGUUCGGUGGAUGCUUACUCUCGGCUUGUGCUCAGGAUGCCAACUUUCAGAUAUUUCCUCUCGCAUUUGCUGUAGUAGAUAGCGAGAAAGACAACUCAUGGGCUUGGUUUAUGGGGCAAUUGAAGAUGUUCGUCAAUGAUUCACCUGACCUUGUGUUCUUCUCAGACCGCCACCCUAGCAUCUACCCCGCUAUAGCAAUGGUGUUCCCUCAAGCACAUCAUGGUGCAUGCACCGUUCACCUUUGGCGUAACGUGAGGGAUAGGUUUAAGUCUAAACGUCUGGCAAACCUAAUGUCUGCAGCUGCGAGAUGCUUUACUGUUUCGGAGUUCAACCGAAUAUUCUUACAGAUACAGAGACUUAAUCCUGGCUGUGCAGCUUACUUGUUGGACAUUGGGUUUGGACAUUGGACGCGUGUUCAUUGCACUGGUAGACGUUACAACAUCAUGGAUUCAAACAUAGCUGAGUCCUGGGAUGCUGUAUUAAAGGAGGCGCGAGAGUUCCCCCUAAUUUGUAUGAUGGAGUACAUCAGGACAUCUGUAAUGAAUUGGUUUGCUAUACGAAGGGCUAAAUCCCACUUGCAUAAAGGCACUUUGACCCCAAACGUCCGGAAGAUCAUGGAGAAAACCUUUGAAGACUCGACGGCACUCGCUGUGCGAACCAUAUGCACAAUGGAAUUUCAAGUUCAAGAGCCAUAUGGCGAAAGCCACACUGUGAAAAUAAUAGAUGGAACCUGCACAUGCAUGAGGUUCCAGCUAUUGGGCAUUCCGUGUACUCACGCAAUAGCAGCAGCGGUGAAAAUCGACUUGCCAACUGACUCAAUGGUCUCAUGGGGAUUCUAUGGAGAGACUUGGACUCGUGGAUUCGAUGGCAAGAUAUACCCAGUGCCGUCUGUUGGUGGUGGAGAUAUUCUUGACUCAUCUGGUGGUGAUCUUCUUCCCCCCACCGUCCGCCGCCCUCCAGGUAGACCUAAGAAGCUAAGAAUUAUGUCCCGUGGUGAAUUUAAGAAGAAAGGGCUUCACAGAGGACGCCGUUGCACACGGUGCCGCCGUCAGGGGCAUAACAAAGCCUCCUGCCAGUUUGAUAUAUAA